UUUUUUCAAGGUUAUUCAUAAGUUUACUCAUACAAAGUUUAUUCUCAUCAGUCGAUCGGUCCCUCUUGUUUCCUCCCAUUAUUGUAGGUAGUCUUGUGUUGAGUUGACUAGGUGAAGUAGCCGAAGUGUUCUUUGCUUCUCCUCGAUGUAGACACAGCUGAGGAUGUGAUAUAGUUACGAGAUCUGGUACCAUUGUCCCUCCAUAUUAUCCUCAAGCUGGGGUUUUCAACGUUACGGAGUGAUUUUCACUUCAGAGACUACCAUCCAAUGUAGGAGGUUUUGAGAGUUCCCUCACGACCGAUGUGGUGUACAUGAAACAAUAAAAACAACAUGACGGCAGCAACUUAACUAUUACAACUAACUGUCAUCUACUUGGUAGGACAUAACUACAACAUUAAGAGCUAAAGAUUAGUUUCACAUUGUUGGGUUUGGUCGCUCGUUUUAAAUUUACUUUGCAGGAUCUACCAUCGGGCAAUACAAAUACUCCUUCUUCGUAAGUUCCCAGUUUUACAUUGCCUUUACUAUAUCGAUCUUUUAGAGUAUUUUCUACUUUUUUACACUUUUUAAUGUACUUUAUUAUUACCCAUCCGAUGGCUAUCAUUACUGCUACAGUUAUACAGUAUAAUAAACUGCUUUCAACGAUUUGGUGAACCCCUACAGUUAUUUAUUCCGAAAAUAACCAUACGUGGUUUAAAUUUUUUAAUCUCCCUAAUCUCUGUUUUUCCUACUUUCUCUGUUACUGCCAAUUUUAAUUUGUCCACAUCGGAUUUGUUUUUACAUUCUAUGAAAACAGCCCCAUUCUUAUUCGACGUAACCCUUUUAACAUUAAUUCCAACGGCAACUGCCGGUCGGUGCACAGCCAGACAACAACACGCACGUACGUGUCUCCAGAUAAAUCUUUUAUCUCUCUCACUUCUUUCGGUUAUUCUCUAAAAAUAUAGACUCAGCUCGUUAUGACAGACGCUGUACAAUAAUCUUGAUACAACGUUGACUUAUCAGCUUUUCAGUCACUGUAACAAAUAUGUGCAUCAAAAUAUAUUAUUUAUGACGGUUUUAUUUACACACAUCAAUUUAUUGACCAAUUUUGCGACCUUCAAUUUAUUGUUAUGUGUAAUACAGAAAUUGAUCAAUUAAUUGGUCAAUUUCAGAUUGACCAAUAAAUUGAUGGUUGAUAGAACAAGUUCUAUUUUUCGUCAAUUUUUUAGGGUUUUUUUUAGUAACUUUUGAUAUUCCCAAUUAUUAUGUUUGAUUACCUGGUUUAUAGUUUAACAGUUUGAUAAUAGAUUUUGUUUUAAUAAAAAAGAUAAAAAUGGUGAGAAUUAAAUCUUUAACUACCAAGAAAAAAAGAGUGAAUGCCAUAAAAAAAGUAAUGAUAAGUUUAAUUAUAACAAUUUGUACUAAAAAAAAUAUAAACCGGAGAUGGUGGGUAAGACCCUGGCUGAAAAAAACCCAAGGAAAUUUGUCGUUAAUUAAAGAAAGCUUUAAAUUAACUGAUCCAGAACAAUUCAGAAAGUUUCUGAGAAUGGAUGAAUCUACUUUUAAUUUUUUAUUGUGCCGUGUUGGUCCAAUAAUUACAAAGCAGGAUACCUUCAUGAGACUGUCCAUAUCUGCUAAAGAUAAGUUAUUAAUUACUUUAAGAUUUCUGGCGACUGGUGAAAGUUAUCGUAGCUUGAUGUACUCAUUUAGAGUGUCUGAGUCUACAAUAUCUUUGUUCGUUCCAAAAGUUUGUAGAGCAAUAUAUGAUACAUUGAGAGAAGACUACUUAAAGGUACCAACCGUCACUGCUGAUUGGCUUAAUAUAGCCCAAGAUUUUGAAAACCGCUGGAAUAUUCCCAACACUAUUGGAGCACUGGAUGGCAAACAUAUUGUGUUCAAUGCUCCCAAAUCAGCUGGCUCUGUUUAUUUUAAUUACAAAGGCACUCAUAGUAUUGUGCUUCUUGCUCUAGUUGACGCCAACUAUAUGUUCAGAUAUAUUGACGUUGGUACAAAUGGUCGAGUAUCUGAUGGUGGAGUAUUUGCCAAUAGUUCACUAUACCGAGCAUUAUUUAAUGCAAAUAAUCCCCUUAAUAUACCUGAAAACAAAUCAUUACCUGGCCGAAAUUUAGAAAUUCCUCAUGUUGUAGUGGCAGAUGCAGCAUUUCCACUGUCUACGAGAAUUUUGAAACCAUUUCCUAUCCGUAACAUGACAACAGAGCAACGAAUAUUCAAUUAUAGAGUGAGUAGAGCUCGAAGAGUAGUUGAAAACGCUUUUGGGAUUCUGGCCAAUAGGUUCAGAAUUCUUUUAAAUACAAUAAAUUUAAGCCCCGAAAAAGUACAAGUUAUUACGUUGGCUUGUUGUGUUUUACACAAUUUUUUACGAAAAGAAAUGAAAGAAACAUAUAAUGAACAACAAAGUGAAAACAUGGUUUUUCAAAAUGGUCUUUCUCAUCAAGGGGGAAAUCGAUAUUCAACACAAGUUAGAGCUAUACGGGAUGAGUUUAUGUUAUAUUAUAAUAAUGAAGGAUGUGUUCCAUGGCAAAUGGAUAAAUAAUACAUAUUCAAAUAAAAUAAUAUCAGAAUAUGAAA